AAUGAAUUAGAGAAAGAUGAAUUAGAGGAGGAGAAAGAUGAAUUAGAGAAGGAGAAUGAAUUAGAGGAGGAUAAAUUAGAGGAGGAUGAAUUAGAGGAGGAUGAAUCAAAGGAGGAUGAAUAG